AUGGCGGCGAACACCGGCUUUUACGAUUUGUAUCGUCAUGGAAGUCUCGGCUUGACGCUGACGGAUGCCCUCGACGAACUGAUUGGCGAUGAAAGUAUCGCUCCUCAGCUCGCCAUGAAGGUGCUGACUCAGUUCGAUCGUGUUGUUGCCGAGACGCUACAAGAAAAGGUUAAGCAGCGCUUGACUUUCAAGGGCUCCCUCGACACAUAUCGCUUCUGUGAUGAAGUCUGGACCUUCUUGAUCCGCAAUGUCACCUUCAAGAUGGACGGAAACCAAGGAUCGGUCGUCGCCGACAAGGUGAAGAUUGUGAGCUGCAGCGCGAAGCGCAACGACGACAAGUAA